AACUUUUGAUAGCAGUGGAUGAACUUAAUAUUCAACAAUUGAUUUCUUAUAUUCAAGAAUAUUUAAUUGAACAUCAAACCGAAUUUUUGCAUCAAAAUCCAACUGGUAUUCUUGAAAUUAUUUAUCAAUAUGAAACAUUUACGGAUUUAUGGAAUUUUUGUCUUGAAAAAAUUUGUGAAGAACCUAAAAUUUUAUUUAAUUCAGAUAAAUUUAUUGAUUUAAAGGCUCCAUUAUUUUAAAUGUUGAUUAAACGAGAUGAUUUAAAUAUGAAGGAAAUUGAGAUUUGGGAAGGUUUAUUUAAAUGGUGUUUUGCUCAACAAAAUAUGUUAAAUGAUCCAACUAAAUGGAGUAAAGAUGAUGCUAUAAAAAUUGAGAGAUCAUUACACAGAUUUAUUCCUUUAAUUAGAUUCUAUGAUAUUAACCCUGCAGAUUUAUAAUCUUUUAGAAUUUCAUAUAGUCCCUAAUAUAAAACCUAAAACUAAUGUAGCACCUUCAAGAAAGCCAAACUUAAAAUUUAAACUUGAUUCAACCUUAAUUGAAUCAAAUCAUAUCCCACUGUUUGCUUCAUGGAUUGAUAGAAAAGAUUCUUAUAAAAAAAAUGAUAUUCCUUAUGAAUUUAAGUUAUUAUAUUGUUCAAGUAGAGAUGGAUUUGAUGCUGCAUCAUUUCAUAGAAAUUGUGACAAUAA